GAAAAAUAAAGUGAUUUAAAUUUAAAUUUCAUCAUUUUUACCUGACUCAAUGUCCUUUUCUUUCUUCAACAACCCGCCUUUAUAAAAACGUGAAGAAGCUUUAUAGCUUCUUCAAUUGCCUGCCAUGGAAGCUGAAGAGACGGAGGAAGAAGGAUCGCCUCAAUUCUGCAACAAGUUUUCUUCUACUCCAACUAUGCAAGAAGACGGCGCUUUGGAUCUCUGUCCAAGCUUCAGCAGUUACUCUAUCGACGGACCUGCAGAAACUGCCGCCAGAGUAGCCAGGGAGUUUGAAGGAAUGGCCGGAGAUGGCGAUGGCGGUGAGGAAAGUGAAUUCGAAUUUAUUUUGUUUCAGAAGUCUGAGGAUGAAAUGGUUUUAGACUGUCCGAUUAGUCCUGUUUUUCCUAUCUUCAAUCACGAUCUAUUGAAGAAGAGCGAUGGAACAGAGGUUAAUGAAUUGAACCACAGAAAUGCCCCGAUUAUAAAGAUUUCUCUGCAGAAACUUAUAAUUGACGAUCGCGAGCGUGAACGUGACCUUGAUCGUGAUCUUCCUUCGCCGUCGUCGUCUGAGGCCGACGAAUUGGAAGGAAUUCCACCGGGAACGUACUGCGUUUGGACGCCUAAGUCAGUACAAGCGGCGGAGCGUGGAAAAUGUAAGAAGAGCAAAUCCACUGGAUCAGGAUCAGGAUCGUCAUCUUCAAGACGGUGGAAGCUCCGUAACUUACUUCCACGAAGCAACAGCGAAGGAGGAAAGAAUCUGUUCGUCUUCUUAACACCGUCUUCAAAAUCAGAAUUGACAAAGAAGAAAGAAGAGAAAUCAGAGAAAUUAGGCGAAGAUACAAAGGGAAAGAAGAGCUGUUCAGAGACCAACGUCGUCGCCAGAAACUUGAAGAUCAAAGGAGGCUCAGUCGAGAAGGCAUCAUCGGCGCACGAAUUGUUUUACGUGAGGAACAGAAUGUUGAAACAAGGAGAUAAAAGACGAUCGUACCUUCCGUACCGGCAAGACCUCGUCGGAUUCUGGGCAAAUCUCAAUACCGUGAGCAAAGCAUUACCUCCAUUCUAAGCCGCUCAACAGGUUCUAGUUCUACUAAAUUGGAUUGUUUAGAUUAAUUAUUUUUGACAAUCUUCAUAAUCGUAAUUCUUAGAAUAUAUCCAUGAGUUUUGAUCUUCAAACACAAUGACGAUUGGAUUAUUUGAUUGUAUAUAUAGUCCAUGUUUGAUCUAUAAUCUCUGAUUCUCUGGUGAUUUCUUAA